GUAAGAUGGCGACGUCUAGUGUUAAUCCGUUCCUUAGCGACUCGGAUGAGGAAUCGGAGAGGAAGAUGGGGCGGAACAAGGAGGCCGGCACCCCGGGCCCGGUAGCUCCCGAGCACGGCCCUCCUGCGCUGCUGCUGUCGCCUCAGCAGGAGGGGGGUUACGGGUGUGGAGGCGGCGCGGCGAAGGCGGAGGUGCAGCGCGUCCCCCUAGACACCAUCGCGGCGCAGCUGCUGCGGGAUCAGUACAUCCUGACGGCGCUCGAGUUCCACACCGAGCUGCAGGAGGCCGGCAGGGAGCUGCCCCGCCUCCGGGAUUACUUCUCCAACCCGGGGAACUUCGAGAGGCAGACGUCCACUCCCCCCAAGGACCUGGCGCCCAUUCCGGGACAACUCAAUCGAGCUGGCAGCAUAAGCACCCUAGAUUCUUUGGAUUUUGCUCGAUAUUCUGAUGAUGGAAAUAGGGAGACUGAUGAACGUUUGGCAGUCCUGGAAUUUGAACUACGGAAAGCCAAGGAGACCAUUCAGUCCCUUCGUGCCAACCUGACACAAGCUGCAGCUUUCACAGAAAGUGAUGUUCCUUUACAGGAACGGAAAAAUUAUAAAUCCAGCCCUGAAAUUCAGGAGGCUGUUAAACCUCUUGAGAAAAGAGCAUUAAAUUUCCUGGUGAAUGAAUAUUUAUUGAAGAUUAAUUACAAACUCACCUCGAUAACCUUUUCAGAUGAAAAUGAUGACCAGGAUUUUGAAUUGUGGGACGACGUUGGAUUGAACAUUCCAAAGCCUCCGGACUUGUUGCAAAUGUAUAGGGAGUAUGGAAGCCAUGCAACUUCAUCAAAAGAAAUGACAGAUGUAGCAGUUGGAGUGAAGCCGAAGGACUUGGAAGCACUCCCUAAUGACACAGAAUUAGCUGCUUUGCAGCAACCACAGCCACAAGAGCAGGCAAAAAUGGUGCAAGAGCUCCAAGAUCAACUCAGUAUAUUAAACAGUGAGAAGCUCUUUCUUGCAUCGCAAAUCAGACAACUCAAAAGUGAAAUAGAAGUGCUCAAGCAACAGAAUUUGGCUGCUGUAGCUGCUGCACCUGAAAGCGCAACACUUCCACCAACCACAUCAGAACAAGUGCCUCAGAUUAGACCAAUGGACAGUGGGGAGUAUCUGGAUGUACGAAGCUUUGAAAAUGAUAGCUGCAAUGCAGAGAAGGUGGAGAUGAACACUUGCCCAAUAGACGCUAACAAAGAUUCUAAUAUUCAUUCUAUCGCUCCCAGUACAGUGACAACACUAAUCCCACAUGACACAAAAGAAACUGAAUUGACAACAGCCCAUUCACAUGAACCUGUACAGUUCAAUAAGCCAAACAGGACAUUAUCACCUGCAUUUCAUCAAGCAUUGCUGUCUUUUUGUCGGAUGGCCACUGACAGUCGUUUAGGAGUAGAGGUUUCACGAAUUGCAGAUAGUGAACAGUGUGUGAUGCUGAUGUUGGGACGAUGUCUUCCACACAUAGUACCAAAUGUGCUACUAGCAAAACGAGAAGAGUUAAUUCCCCUAAUCUUGUGUACUGCUUGCCUCCAUCCGGAACCCAAAGAAAGGGAUCAGCUUCUGCACAUUCUUUUCAACCUAAUUAAACGUCCAGAUGAUGAACAAAGACAGAUGAUUCUAACUGGCUGUGUGGCAUUUGCUCGGCAUGUUGGUCCAACUCGUGUUGAGGCUGAACUACUACCACAGUGCUGGGAACAGAUCAAUCACAAGUAUCCGGAACGAAGGUUGCUAGUGGCUGAAGCCUGUGGAGCACUUGCACCCUACUUGCCUAAGGAGAUUCGCAGUUCACUGGUGCUUUCAAUGCUGCAGCAGAUGUUGACAGAAGAUAAGGCGGACCUAGUGCGAGAGGCAGUCAUUAAAAGUCUUGGUAUUAUUAUGGCAUACAUUGAUGAUCCUGAUAAAUAUUUGCAGGGUUUUGAACUGCAAAUGUCAGCCUUAAAUGACCCCUCUGAGAGGGUGAUUAAUGCUACACAUCAAGUUUUCCUGCCAGCCUUUGCAGCAUGGACAACAGAAUUGGGUAAACUCCAGUCACAUCUCAUUCCAACUCUACUAAGCAACAUUGAAAAAAUACUCAGGGAUGGAGAGCAUGGACUUGAUGAACACAAGCUGCACCUACAUCUUUCAGCCAUGCAGUCACUGAUUCCACCAUUAUUUGCCCUGGUGCUGAAAAAUGCUCCUUUUGCUAGCAAAGCAAAACUUCAAGGAGAAGUACCACAAAUAGAAGUGACCAGAUUCCCUCGACCAGCCUCCCCCCUUCAGGAUGUGGCAACAAUCAUUGGAAGUCGAGAACAGCUAUCGGUGCUACUACAAUUGUAUGAUAAUCAACUGGAACAUGAGGGCACCACUGGCUGGGAGAACUUAUUGUGGGUUGUUAACCAAUUAUUGCCACAUUUAAUAGAAACUGUUGGUAACAUUAAUGUUACCUCAACAUCCUGUGUUCAUGACUUCUCCCGGUAUUUCUGGAGGCUAUGUAGGACAUUCGGUAAAAUUUUUACAAAUACAAAGGUAAAACCACAGUUUCAAGAAAUACUGAGGCUAUCAGAAGAAGCUGUUGAUGUUUCUGCAACAGCUGGCAAUGGAGUUCUGACAAAGGCCACCGUCCCCAUAUAUGCAACUGGAGUACUUACUUGUUACAAUCAGGAAGAAGACCGGAAACUCUUAGUGGGAUUUUUGGAAGAUGUAAUGACCACACUUUCAUUAUCCCAUGCGCCACUUGAUAGUCUGAAGGCUUCAUUUGUGGAACUGGGUGCAAACCCAGCAUACCAUGAGCUGCUUUUAACAGUGCUAUGGUAUGGAGUUGUACACACUUCAGCACUUGUAAGGUGCACUGCUGCUAGAAUGUUUGAGCUGUUGGUGAAGGGGGUGAAUGAAACUCUGGUAGCUCAGAGAGUUGUCCCUGCUCUUAUCACUCUCUCCAGUGACCCCGAAAUCUCUGUCCGAAUAGCUACAAUCCCUGCCUUUGGCACCAUUAUGGAAACAGUAACCCAAAGAGAGCUGCUGGAAAGAGUCAAGAUGCAAUUGGCUUCAUUUCUUGAAGAUCCACAGUACCAUGAUCAGCACUCCUUGCACAUGGAGAUAAUAAAAACUUUUGGAAGAGUUGGCCCCAAUGCAGAACCAAGAUUCAGGGAUGAAUUUGUUCUUCCCAAUCUACACAAGUUGGCCAUCUCAAACAACCAACAAGCAAUUGACACGAAACGGUUGGAUAUUGCCAUUCAACUCUUCGAGGCCUACAGUGCUCUGUCCUGUUGCUUUAUCUCAGAGGAGUUGAUGGUGAAUCAUUUCCUACCUGGCCUAAAGUGUUUGCGAAUAGAUAUGGAGCACCUCUCACCAGAGCACGAGGUUAUUCUAAACUCUAUGGUUAAGGAAUGUGAAUUGAAGGUGGAAAACAGGACUGUCCAGGAACCUCAGAGUUCUAUGUCUAUUGCUGCAAGUCUUGUAAGUGAAGACACAAAGACGAGAUUCUUGAACAAAAUGGGUCAGCUCUCUACUUCAGGUGCAAUGUUGGCGAAUGUGUUCCAGCGGAAAAAAUGAAUUGAUGAAGGUUCAUAAACACUAAACUGACCUCUUAUGGGUCACAUAUCUUGUACUUGAAGUAAAUUAUCUGCCUUUUUUAAAAACACAUUUGUUUUGGUAAUUAUUUUAUUCUAACUUCCAAAGAUAUUUGCACUUAAUAUUUUUGUGUGUAUGUUGCUAUUUCUUGUAUGCUGGGUGUAAAGAUGACUGUGUUGGUGUCUAUGUAUUUUGUCCUUUGCUGUAUCCAGUAUUUUCUUCUGUAUGGGCAGUUUAUUCUCUUUAUUCUGUAAUUAGACUUUGAACAGUAAAAUCUUGUAUUAUACACUGAAGCACUAUAUCUUUAAUUUGGAUAUAAUGUAAAUUUCACAUUGGUGUCAAAAUAAUGAAGUGAACCAUUUAUGUAUUUAAUUAUGCGGGAUCCAUUCAGACUACUUUUAUUGCCUGGAUUCUUGACUGAUUUUAAAAAGUCACCAGCAUAUUCCUGUGCCUUCCGACCAGAAGAAAGCAAGACUACAGCAUAAUACAUGACCUUUGAAAUCGCAGUAGGGACGCUGUUAUAUCACUUGAUGUUUCUUUUGAAUUGGAGCUAUUUUCUGUUGUGUUGCGGUAAAAUGAUUUUUACUUUGCAAUAAGCAGUUAAGUAAUUAAUUUAUGUUAAUGAAGAAGCCACAAUUUUUCAGUUUUAAUUUUACAUUUGUAAAAUCAAGAAUGUGAAUUAGAGUGUCUGUUUUGUGAUGUUCAUAUGAAAAGACAUUGCAGAAAGGCUGUGUAUAUUCAAUUGCUGCAUUGCUUUUAAUUCAGCUUGGUUUUAACUGUGACCAAGAGGUGGUGGUUACAUUUAACUGGAAAAAAUGUACCAAACAUAAAUUGCAUGAGUGUACUGUUUACCCACAGUGCAAUACAUUUUUCUGUGUACAGUUUGGAGAUAAUUAUAUUUCACUAGCUGGAAGGUUUAUGUAAUAAUAUAAAUUGACAAUGUUUGCGCUGGUUAUGAAGAAAUUCAUGCAAAACAUGUAGGCUAGACAUUCAAUAAUGUAAUUUUAAAUAGUUUCUGUAAAUGGUGAUUGAAACAAUAAAAGUAUUUCUGUGCCACUUUA